AUGAGGUUAGUACCCCGCGAACUUGACAAACUUGUCCUUCACCAGGUCGGUUUUCUCGCCCAGAAGCGUCUCGCGCGUGGCGUAAAAUUGAACCACACCGAGGCUGCCGCUCUUAUUGCUUCUCAAUUAAUUGAACUCAUGAGAGACGGAACCAACUCUGUGGCUGACCUAAUGCAGUUGGGGAAACAAAUGCUUGGCACACGUCACGUUCAAGAGGAUGUUAUCGAGACGUUGAAUGAAGUUCAGGUCGAAGGCACUUUUCCGGACGGAACCUAUCUCGUAACAGUUCACAGUCCAAUUUCUUCGCUCGACGGAAAUUUGGAGCUUGCUCUCUAUGGAAGUUUCUUGCCGAUUCCCGAUAAAUCAAAAUUUCCGGAACCAUCUCCGAAAGCGAAUCAAGAAUCUGGUCCUGGUGCGAUUGUGGUCAAGCCAGGAAAAAUUGUAUUGAACGAAGGACGCGAACGUGUUGCCAUUAAGGUAACCAAUAGUGGAGAUAGGCCUAUCCAGGUCGGCUCUCAUUAUCAUUUCAUUGAGACGAAUCCAGCUCUAUCCUUCGACAGGGGUCUAUCAUAUGGAAAGAGACUCGAUAUCCCUGCAGGAUCCGCCGUACGAUUUGAACCUGGUGAAACCAAGACCGUUACUCUGGUCGAAAUCGGUGGCAAAAAGCACAUCUCAGGUGGAAAUGACAUUGCGCGUGGUACCGUCAAGAUCUCGAAGGUCGAUGAUAUCGUCAAAACUCUGACCGCCCAAGGAUUCAAACAUACCCCACAUGUUGACAAAUUCUUGGAGUGUACCCCCUACACCAUCGACAGAGCUGCAUACGCCGAUAUUUUUGGUCCUACUACCGGGGAUCGCGUGAGACUAGGAAACACAGACUUGUGGCUAGAGAUUGAAAAAGAUUAUACUCAUUACGGAGACGAAUGCAAAUUUGGCGGUGGUAAAGUGUUGAGGGAAGGUAUGGGUCAAUCGACAUCUGUAACCGAUAAAGAAGCCUUGGACUUGGUCAUCACGAAUGCCAUAAUUGUCGAUUGGACUGGAAUCUACAAGGCAGAUAUAGGUAUCAAGAAUGGGAGAAUUCAAGGAAUCGGUAAAGCUGGUAAUCCAGACGUGAUGGAAGGUGUGACUCCCAACAUGAUUUGUGGUGCCACGACCGAAGUUCUUGCUGGUGAAGGUCACAUAUUCACCGCUGGUGCGAUUGACUGCCACAUCCACUUCAUCUGUCCCCAAAUUAUUCCAGAGGCGAUCUCGUCGGGUAUCACAACUUUGAUUGGUGGUGGUACUGGUCCUAACACUGGAACAAACGCGACAACAUGCACUCCGGGAGAAACACAUAUUGAAAUGAUGCUUUCUUCCACGGAUGAUGUACCAUUAAAUUUCGGAUUCACCGGUAAAGGAAAUGCAUCAGAUCCAGCCGCCUUGAUAGAACAAAUCGAGGCUGGUGUUAUGGGUUUGAAGUUGCAUGAAGAUUGGGGUACCACACCCGCUGCCAUCGAUACUUGCUUGAGUGUCUGUGAUAAAUACGAUGUUCAAGUCAACAUUCACACGGAUACUCUCAAUGAGUCGGGAUUCGUUGAACAGUCUAUCGCUGCCUUCAAAAAACGAACGAUUCACGCUUAUCACUCUGAAGGUGCAGGGGGUGGCCAUGCACCUGAUAUUAUCCGUGUAUGCGGUGAGCCCAAUGUCAUCCCAUCGUCAACAAACCCUACGCGUCCUUACACAUCCAAUACACUCGAUGAACACGUCGAUAUGUUGAUGGUGUGUCAUCACUUGGACAAAAACAUUCCCGAAGAUAUCGCUUUCGCCGAAUCUAGGAUUCGGGCCGAAACAAUUGCUGCCGAAGAUGUAUUACAUGAUUUGGGCGCGAUUAGCAUCAUCAGUUCAGACUCUCAGGCUAUGGGCAGGGUUGGUGAAGUGGUGCUCAGAACGUGGAAGACGGCUCACAAGAUGAAAGUACAAAGAGGAAGAUUGGGCAAUGACAAAGAUGGCGCAGCGGAUAAUUUCAGAAUCAAGCGUUAUGUUGCUAAAUACACAAUCAAUCCAGCCAUUGCCAACGGUAUAAGUCAUUUAGUUGGGUCGAUUGAAGUUGGAAAAGUUGCGGAUUUGGUGAUGUACUCACCAGCCUUCUUCGGCACCAAACCUGAGAUUAUAAUUAAAUCGGGUAUAAUUGUUUGGUCACAGAUGGGAGACGCAAAUGCGUCAAUUCCAACCACGCAACCCAUAAUCUCGAGGCCAAUGUUCGGUUCAUAUGGUCUCGCUGCGGCCAAGAAUUCGUAUGCGUUCGUGAGUCAAGUUUCAAUGACCGAAUCCCGAAUUCAAAAGUAUGGACUUAAGAAGAAGGUGCAAGCCGUGAAGAAUUGCCGAAAUAUCGGAAAGAGAGACAUGAAAUUGAAUGACUCCUUGCCAAAGAUAGAAGUUGAUCCAGAAACCUACGUUGUCAAAGCCGACGGAGUUGUUUGCACCUGUGAUCCUAUCAAAUCCUUACCAUUAACCCAAACAGUUUAUUUAUUCUAA